AUGGCCCAGAACACGCAAGCCGAUCCUAUCGCCUACGAGCAGUCCGUUUUCCAGGCCGGCCUCCACUCGACCCGCCCGCCUUUCACCUUCCAGCCGUCACGAUGGGAAGAGAUGGCCCGCAAUGUUCUCUCAGCCAAUUCUUGGGGUUACAUCCAUGGAAAUGCGGGCGCCGGCCAGACUUACCAGAAGAAUUUGGCAUCCUUCUCUCGUUGGUCCAUCGUCCCGAACCGUCUCGUGCCGAGCCGUAAGGACGACAAUGGCAACGACCUCUUCAGCGACACAGCCACCACGGUCCUGGGCCAGGAACUUAGGUUUCCCAUCGCAAUCGCCCCCAUUGGAGUCCAAAAGAUCUUUAAUCCCGAGGGUGAGAGUGCUGCAGCAAAGGCUGCAGCUUCGGUGGACAUUCCUUACACCCUCAGCACGGCAAGCAGCACAAGCAUCGAGGACGUUGCCAAGGCCAACGGAAACGGAGUACGCUGGUACCAACUGUACUGGCCGAGCCGGGAGCACGACGACAUUACCAUCUCUCUGUUGAACCGGGCGAAAGCAGCAGGAUACACGGCCCUCUUCGUCACCCUGGAUACUUACGUGCUGGGCUGGCGGCCCUCUGAUAUGGACAAUGGCUACAAUCCCUUCAUCCACGCCGACAGAAUCGGAGUGGAGUUGGGCUUCACCGACCCUGUUUUCCGGAAGAAAUUCAAGGAGAAGCACGGUUACGAGAUCGGUGAGACCACGGACCAUGAACCUUCAGACAUGGGCCGUAGCGUCUCUCAAGCGGCACAAGAGUGGACAAAGAUUGUGUUCCCCGGACACUCGCACAGCUGGGAGGACCUUGAGUUUUUGAAGGAGCACUGGGAUGGCCCCAUUGUGCUCAAGGGCAUUCAGAGCGUUGGCGAUGCCAAGAAGGCCGCUGAGUCAGGGGUUCGGGGGAUUGUGGUCAGUAAUCACGGAGGCCGACAGCAAGAUGGAGGUAACAGCAGCCUGGGUGUCCUGCCACGCAUCGUGGAUGCAGUGGGAGACAAGUUGGACGUCAUGUUCGAUAGCGGGAUCCGAUGUGGAGCCGAUGUUAUGAAGGCGCUCGCCCUAGGGGCCAAGUGCGUCUUCGUCGGCCGGCCAUAUGCAUACGGGCUCGCCAUUGGGGGCGAAGAGGGCGUCAGACACGUUCUUCGAGCAAUGUGCGGCGAUCUGCUCAUGAACAUGCAUCUCGCCGGCGUGCGUGGCCUUGACGAAUUGACAAGAGACAAUUUGGUGAAGGAGGACGACUUGUUCUAA